AUGCAGAACGAAGCAAGUGGAAAUAUAGCACGUGUCGCCGUCAAAGCCCCUCCAUUUUGGCGUGCUAAUCCGGAACUAUGGUUCAAGCAAAUAGAGAGCCAAUUUAUUCUCGUCGGUGUGACAACUGAAAUUACGAAAUUUCACCAUAUUGUGUCGGUAUUGCAACCGGAAGAAUUAGAGGUCGUUGGUGACAUUAUGCAAGAUCCGCCUGCAGAAAGACCCUACGAAGCACUGCGAAGAAGACUGUGUUGUCAGUACGCGCAAAGUGAGGAGCAAAAAUUAAAGGACGUUAUUUCCGGGAUGCAGCUCGGGGAUAGAAAACCUUCCCGGUUGCUGAUAGAAAUGAGGAAUAAGGCCGGCAAUAAGUUCAGCGAAGAGGUAUUGAAGUCCUUGUUUCUUCAACGACUGCCUAACCACGUGCAGCAGAUCUUGGCUAUCACCAACGACAAAUUGGAGCGGUUAGCGGAGAUGGCCGACGGAAUCAUGGCAGCAGCAACUGAUACUGUUUCGAUCCAGGCUGUGUCAUCAGAAGCAUCCAUGCAAGCCACUCUGAUGGAGAUCUCGUCCCUCCUAUCUCGCCUAGAGGCACGUCCCAGGUCCCGCUCCCGAGAGUCUGGUAGACGAUUUCACCAGAGAGAGGCUAACAGAGAAGAGGGAAAUCCUUCCCACUGCUGGUAUCACCAGCGUUUCAAGCGGAGAGCACAGCAGUGCAGACCAUCUUGCUCUUUUUCGGCGGAAAACUAA